AUGACUGUCCAAACGACUACCAUGCAGCCGACUGAGCGCCAGCACAGUUCAGGCUCUCUUGACAGCUUUGACCCGAUCAUGGUAACUCCCGUGAUUGGUAACGAGUUUGCCAAAGGAACUUGCAAUAUUGUUGACGAUAUCCUACACGCCCCCAAUGCAGACCAACGUAUUCGUGACUUGGCCAUCAUGAUUGCCGAACGAGGCGUUGUUUUCUUCCGCGCCCAGGACAAUCUUACGAACGAUUUACAGAAAGAGCUGAUCCUGCGCAUGGGUGAGUUGACCGGCCGCCCAUCUACCAACGGCCUGCACAUUCACCCGGUCACCAAUGAUGCACGCGAAUUUGGUGACCCGGACCCUCAGAUCAGCACCAUCAACUCUGAGGGCCGUAAGACUCUCUAUAAGGGAUCUGAUUACACCAAGAUGGCGGCAGUCUGGCAUAGCGACAUCUCGUUCGAGAAGGCUCCCGCGGACUUCUCGAGUCUGCGACUGGUGCAGUUGCCCAAAACGGGGGGCGACACGCUUUGGGCGUCUGGUUAUGAGAUCUAUGAUCGCAUCAGUAAGCCAUACCGGGCUUUCCUGGAGACAUUGACAGCCACACAUGCAGGUGUCGGCUUUAUGAGGUUGGCACAGACAGGGAAGUUCCAUUUGUAUGAAAAGGAACGGGGGUCCCCCGUCAAUAUUGGAGGGGAUCUGUCGGCUGUUCAUCCGGUCGUAAGGACAAACCCAAUUACAGGAUGGAAAUCGAUUUUUCCAAUCGGCUCUUUUCCUACGCAGAUCGACGGGUUGACUCGCAGAGAGAGCGCGAACAUGCUACAGUGGUUUCAUGAUAUGAUCACUCACGGACAUGACCUCCAAGUUCGUUUCAAAUGGAACAGCCCUAAUGACAUUGCCAUCUGGGACAAUCGCAGCGUCUUCCAUACCGCGACGGGCGACCAUGAAGGAUUUGGCCCACGAAGCGGUAACCGGGCUGUGGGGGUGGGCGAGGUCCCGUACUUUGAUCCUAGUAGCAGAUCGCGCAGAGAGGAAUUGGGCAUUGAGGGUGACCUUGCUCCCUGUCAUUGGUAG